AUGAUCACGUGGUACUACAUCAUCACUGCGAGACCAAGAGGCGCCGAACGCAUCCUCAUCAUGAACGAAUACCUGCAGCAAUUACUAGAUGGGAAAAUUGAUUUCGAGGGGCAGAAGCUUGUAGAACAGAUCGUGAAAAUAACUCUCAUCAGCUCGACAAUCUUUUCAUUCCUGCUUGGCUUUGCACUACAGUCCUUGCAGGUUACAUUCGGCAUUUUUGCACUUUCUGUGAUUGUCCUUUGCCUGGUUGUUCUGCCCCACUGGCCUGUGUAUAACCGACAUCCAGUACAAUGGCUCCCUGUAAAGGACAAGAAGACUACGUGA